AUGGCUGACCCCCGUAUCGAAGAGCUCCCUGAUGAGGAGGUCCCCAAGACCAACGUCGAGGAGGCUGGCGACUCCUCCGAGUCCGAGGCCGGUGAGGAGCCCACCAUCCCCGGUGGUGCUGCUGUCACCAUCCACUCUCGCAACGAGAAGAAGGCUCGCAAGGCCAUUGGCAAGCUCGGCCUGAAGCACGUCCCUGGCAUCACCCGUGUCACUCUCCGCCGCCCCAAGAACAUCCUCUUCGUCAUCAACCAGCCCGACGUCUACCGCUCCCCCUCCAGCAACACCUGGAUCAUCUUCGGUGAGGCUAAGAUUGAGGACCUGAACUCUCAGGCUCAGGCUUCCGCUGCUCAGCAGCUCGCCGCCGCUGAGGCCGCCGGUGGUGACCACGCUGGCCACGACCACGACCACGACAAGGGCAAGGGCAAGGCCCCUGAGGCUGAGGCCAAGGAGGAAGAGGAGGACGAUGGAGAGGAGGUUGACGAGACCGGCCUCGAGCCCAAGGACAUUGACCUCGUCAUGGCCCAGGCCAACGUUCCCCGCAAGAAGGCCGUCAAGGCUCUGCGGGAGAACGACAACGAUAUCGUCAACUCUAUCAUGGCCCUCAGCAUAUGA